AUGUCUGUCAAGGGUGCAGAGGGAGGUGCGGAGGACGAAGAGGAAGUGGCCAGAAGGGGAAACAGCAGGCUGCAGAGAGGAGGCAGGUGGGAGGUGAUCGCGGUAAUAGCCUGCAAGCUGAGGGCCUGCGUCUGUGGUGAAGCCAAGAUGAAUGCCAAGGCGGGACCCUCGGAGCUGCAGGUACGGGGGACGCUCGUGCUGCUGUGCCUGGGUGCCGUGACCCUCACCUGCCUCCUGGGGCUGGGGUCCUCCCCUUCCGCCUGGAGCCAGGGCUGCCUUGAGGAAGGGCCCGCCAGGCCUGGGGGCCUUGGCUCCCGUGUGCACUGGGAUCCUCCAGGAGGGGAGGUCCGGCGGCAGCAUCAGCAAAAGGACUCCUGCCGGCUCGUCCUCGUGGAGAGCAUCCCCCAGGACCUGCAGUCCGCAGCAGGCAGCCCGGCUGCCCAGCCCCUGGCCCAGGCCUGGAUGCAGCUGCUGGAUGCCGCCCGAGAGAGCGUCCACGUGGCCUCCUUCUACUGGUCCCUCACAGGGCCCGACAUCGGGGUCAACGACUCAUCUUCCCAGCCGGGCGAGGCCCUCCUGCAAAAGCUGCAGCAGCUGCUGGACAGAAACGUGUCCCUGGCCGUGGCCACCAGCAACCCGACUCCAGCCAAGAACUCCACUGACCUGCAGGUCCUGGAAAGCCGAGGCGCCCAGGUGCGACGCGUGCCCAUGGGAAGGCUCACUGGCGGUGUUUUGCACUCCAAGUUCUGGGUGGUGGACGGGCGGCAUGUCUACGUGGGCAGUGCCAACAUGGACUGGCGGUCCCUAACACAGGUAAAGGAGCUCGGUGCCGUCAUCUACAACUGCAGCCGCCUGGCCCAGGACCUGGAGAAGACCUUCCAGACCUACUGGGCGCUAGGGACGCCCAGGGCCGUCCUCCCCAAGCCCUGGCCUCGGAACUUCUCCUCUCACAUCAACCGCUUCCAGCCGCUCCGGGAUCACUUUGACGGGGUGCCCACCACCGCCUACUUCUCGGCGUCGCCGCCCGCUCUCUGCCCCCACGGCCGCACCCGCGACCUGGACGCGCUGCUGGCGGUCAUGGGGGCUGCCCGGGAGUUCCUCUACGCCUCGGUGAUGGAGUACUUCCCCACCACACGCUUCAGACACCCCGCCAGCUACUGGCCGGUGCUGGACACGGCCCUGCGGGUGGCGGCCUUCAGCAGGGGGGUGCAUGUGCGCCUGCUGGUCAGCUGCUGGCUCAACACGGACCCCAGGAUGUUCCCCUUCCUGCGGUCCCUGCAGGCACUCAGCAACCCAGCGGCCAACGUGUCCGUGGAUGUGAAAGUCUUCAUCGUGCCCGUGGGGAACCACUCCAACAUCCCCUUCAGCAGGGUCAACCACAGCAAGUUCAUGGUCACAGAGAAGGAGGCCUACAUAGGCACGUCCAACUGGUCGGAAGAUUACUUCAGCAGCACCUCGGGUGUGGGCCUGGUGGUCAGCCAGAGGGCCUCCGACGCCCAGCCAGGGGUGAGCACCGUGCAGGAGGAGCUGCGGCAGCUCUUCGAGCGAGACUGGAGCUCCCGCUAUGCUGUGGGCCUGGAUGGACAGGCCCAGGGCCAGGACUGUGUUUGGCAGGGCUGA